GGAUAAGGUCCUAAAAUAGAAAAAAAAAGGAUGCAAAUAGAUCUUGGCUCAAUAUUUUGACCACUUGUGUCGGAUAAUAUUGUAUCGUAUCUUUACUUAUGGAGAGAUUUCAGACUAGUAGGGUUAGAGUUUCCUUCAUGUUUUUGUGGAUUAUCUCAAUGGUAGCUUAUCAUAUCAUUUUUCAACAGACAUGUCAAACACAAUUUCCGUUUGAACCCUAAUUUAGCAGCCAUCCAUCUUCAAACAAAGCACCUCUCUCAACAGAUUAUUAUUGCUGACACACUGCUUUGUCGUUACUAAAUGGUAGAAGUGUCACUAAUUGAUUCUUGUCUAGUAAUAUACUCUUCCAACAUAAAUUCAUUUGAUAAAAUAGAAGGAAGGUAUUUCUUAGGACCUAAGAAUAUUUCUCUUUAUUCAAGAAGUUAAUCACUUUCAUUCGUUAUAAUAACUUGACUGCAAGUUGUUAGAUCCUAUUAACAAAUCUUAACAUCACAUGUCCCCAUCACGGAAAUGGCCUAAGAUCUCUUGACCUUGAUCCCACCAACGGCUAGGAUUGGCUCUCCCGCAUUCAAAAUCACAUCAUACCCAAAUCCAAAUGCCACACAUAAAUUCCCCACUUGUUAGAUAUAAAACCCAACCAUAAAACCAUUUACAAACUUGUUUCUGUCGGCAACUUCACUCAUUGAUUCAAUUCAGAUAUUUUGUUGUUUUGCCGCGAAAGUUAAGAAUUUAAAAAAUGGUGAGAAAGAAAGUGAAUGUGCAUGGCGAUGGUGUUAGGAGUAGGAAUGAAGAGACAGAGUGGGAGGUGAGGCCCGGGGGAAUGUGUUAGGAUUUCAGAAUGUUGGUGUAGAAAAGGAGCGAUGAUGCUCCGACACCGAAGUUGAGGCUUCGAAUUGCUUACGGUGGAUUGAGGUAUGAGAUCAGUGUGAGUUGCAUGAGCAGUUUCCUCGAGGUGAAGAUUCUGAGCGUGGAAACGGGGUUGCAGGUUGAUGAACAGAGCUUGGUGUACAGAGGAAGAGAGAGAGAGAACGGAGAGUACUUAGACAUUUGCGGAGUGAAAGACAGAUCAAACUUGGUUCUGAUUGAAGACCUUUCGAGCAUCCAACGCAGAUUCAUACAGAUGCGUAGGAACGCUAAGAUUCAGACUGCGACUGGCGCAAUCAACGAUAUUAUCCUCCAACUCGACCACCUCGCACAACAGAUACAUACCUAUGCAACUCUUUCGUAAUUUGGUGGACACAGGGCAGUUGAAUUAUGCUCACAAAUUAUAGGUGUCUGCAAUUGACAAGUCCAUUUCGAAUGGGGACUCAGAUUUCGACACUAAUUGAGAUGUUUGCGAGACAAGCAAUCAAGUUAAAAAGCAUUUCAACAGGAGAUGUUUCUGCACAAAAAAGUGUUCAGGGAGUGGAUCCUUUCCAAGGGAGAAAAAAGAGGCAGCACUAUAUUCAGAUUACACAUUGCACAAUAUAGACUCGAUCUAAGCGAACAUUAACAUAUCAAAUCCUUAGCAUGUUGUGGUAUCGUACGAUGUAACAUGAGACUAUACUCAAAGCUCUCCUCAUUGGUGCACACAUCUCAGCCGUUGAACCCCAAAAUUCACCUAUGUUCCUCAACCUUCUUAUCAUCAUCAUCAACUGCCACACAGAACCCAGUACCCCAUAUUGUCACAAAAUGCAUUGCUCUAUUGCAGUUUUGGGCAUCUUCCAUAUCCAAACUAAGGCAAAUCCAUGGAUACUCACUUAGGCAUGGUGUCCCACUCCACAACCCUGACAUGGGCAAGCAUCUCAUUUUUACUAUUGUAUCCCUCUCUGCACCCAUGUCUUAUGCCUACCAUGUGUUUGCUGUAUUGCAUGACCCAAAUGUGUUCACUUGGAACACCAUGAUAAGGGGUUAUGCUGAAAGUGAUGACCCAAGUCCUGCACUUCAUUUCUACCGUAAAAUGUCGGUGUCUUGUGUUGAGCCUGACACUCACACUUACCCUUUUCUUCUCAAGGCUGUUGCCAAGUCUUUGAAUGUUAGAGAAGGGGAAGCUAUACAUUCAGUUACAGUGAGAAAAGGGUUUGGGUCUUUGAUGUUUGUUCAGAACGGUUUGCUUCACAUGUAUGCUGUUUGCGGCGACACAGAAAGCGCACACAAGGUGUUUGAGUCAAUGGUGGAAAGAGAUCUUGUGGCUUGGAAUUCUGUGAUUAAUGGGUUUGCUCUUAAUGGCAGGCCUAGUGAGGCCUUGACACUAUUCAGGGAGAUGAACACGAAGGGACUGGAGCCGGAUGGGUUCACUAUGGUUAGCCUUUUAUCUGCUUGUGCUGAACUUGGAGCUCUAGAAUUAGGACGUAGGGUACAUGUGUUCUUGUUGAAGGUAGGAUUGACAGAGAACAUGCAUGUGAACAAUUCACUGCUGGACUUUUAUGCCAAGUGUGGGAGCAUCAGGGAGGCGAAACAAGUUUUUGGCGAGAUGAGAGAAAGGAAUGUGGUUUCUUUUACUUCUUUGAUUGUUGGCUUGGCAGUGAAUGGCUUUGGGGAGGAAGCACUUGAGUUUUUCAAAGAGAUGGAAGAACAAAGAGUUAAGCCUAGUGAGAUUACUUUUGUUGGUGUCUUGUAUGCUUGCAGCCACUGUGGAAUGUUGAAUGAAGGGUUUAAUUACUUUAGAAGGAUGAACGAUGAAUAUGGAAUCAUGCCAAGGAUAGAACACUAUGGCUGCAUGGUGGACCUGCUGAGUAGGGCAGGUUUAGUGAAACAAGCAUAUGAAUAUAUUCAGAACAUGCCAAUGCAGCCAAAUUCUGUUAUUUGGAGGACCUUAUUGGGAGCAUGCACAAUCCAUGGUCAUUUAGGCCUAGGGGAGAUAGCUAGAUCACACCUUUUGAAGUUAGAGCCUAAACAUAGCGGGGACUAUGUGCUUCUCUCGAAUAUUUAUGCGGCCGAACACCGUUGGUCGGAUGUACAGACAGUAAGAAGAUCAAUGCUAGAGGAUGGUGUUAGGAAAACACCUGGCUAUAGCAUGGUGGAGUUGGGAAAUCGGGUUUAUGAGUUUACUAUGGGCGACAGGUCUCAUCCUCAGAGUAAGGAUGUAUAUGCACUGUUAGAGAAAAUCACAGAGUUGCUGAAGUUAGAAGGUUAUGUUCCUCACACUGCAAAUGUACUUGCAGACAUAGAGGAAGAGGAGAAGGAGCAAGCUUUGUCUUAUCACAGUGAAAAGGUGGCAAUCGCUUUUAUGAUCCUAAAUACACCACCAGGGACCCCAAUUAGGGUCAUGAAGAACUUGAGGGUUUGUGCAGAUUGUCAUAUGGCUAUAAAACUCAUAUCAAAGGUUUAUGGUAGAGAGAUUGUUAUCAGGGAUCGUAGUAGGUUCCACCAUUUUAGAGGUGGUUCAUGUUCAUGUAAAGAUUACUGGUAAUAUUGGAUGUAAUGAAAGUUAAACACUAUUUGAUAAUUUUAGGUGAAAUAGCUUAAAGGAUGGAAUCAAACCAUAAAUUUGUGAACUCUUAAGCUUGCACUGCAAAACAGAGGCGCGAAGGAAAUGAGUUGGCACACCUUCAAAUUCAAAUAAUAAAAAUCGCUGCAAAACUAUUUAUUUGAAGCACAAAUAUUCUGAACUCUCUUUCGAUAUAAACUGAAUAGAAUCAGAAUCGUUUUCGCCCUUCUUUGAUGUGUCAAUCGAGUAUAACAAUGGCGAAUCGUAGGAUCUGGAGGAAAUGGGAAGAGAACUCCAGUGCCCCAUUUGUUUAAGUUUGCUGAAUUCUCCGGCUAGUCUCCCAUGCAGCCAUGUCUUCUGCAACUUUUGUAUCGUCAAGUCUAUGAAGUUGUCUUCUGAUUGCCCUGUCUAUAAACUACCCUUCUUCCCUCGAGAGAUUCGUCCUAGUCCUCGUUCGCUCAACUUGGUCAACAUUUACAAAAGAAUGGAACGCUCUUCUGGUAUGAACUUAUUCCUCACCCAGAAUCCGCAUCACUCUAAGUUUCCAGAUGAAGAAACGCAAUGUCAAGCUGAUGCUGACUGUGGUAGAGAGGAUGCUACUCGAAGUCAUCGAAACCCUGCUCAGAAAAGGAAAACCCUCAAAAACAAUGUGUCAGGGAAGAAGAAUGUUCCUGACACUGCAAAACCUUCUCUUCCAGCUAGAAAAGGGUUCAGGUGCCACAAGAUCCUCUUUCCGAAACUCCAUUAAAAAAUUCAAGCUCCGAAGACUCCCUCUGUGAAACUAAAAAAGAGGGAAAAGAAAAGGAUACUGAUACUGCAAAUGAAAACCCUCUCCAAAGUGAAAUAGAUGUACCUGUUCUUUCACCUUUCUUUUGGUUAAGAGAGGAGGAAGGUGUUGAGAAUUUAAGUCAGCAAACUUUCGGGGAAAAGCUUAUAGAUGAAAGCCCAACACCAAGCCCUCCUUCAUUCAGUGAUCCCAAGGACUAUGAUGAUGAAAAUCCGACUAACUGACAUUAUCAGUAAGUAAUGGGUUGUUAUAGCAACUGAAUACGUCGUCAUAAACUAUGAAAUUGUACACCCUUUUUUUUUUUUUCAGUAACUGUUUGUUUUAUAUGGCUGAUGAAAAUCAC